CAUGGCGGCGCUCUGAGAGAUUUGCAGAGUUCUGAUAAACAUUCACUUUUACUCAAAUAAAUGCACCGAAUUUCCAUAUUAGAUAAUGUUUGUAGAGACGUACAAAACGGUAAACGAUCUACUCUAUUGAUACUCAUAAACCUGCAGAAACUUCUGGCAGUUUUGUUUUGGUUGUACAUUAUUCGAGCAUCGGAUUCAUGUUUAUAAAUGUCGCCAAUAUUCACCUCACCCUAAACGAAGACACUUUCAACAGGAACAGGAAUAACUACAGGUGUUUCAACUGAGAUCUGCGGGAUAAAACAUUGUAAAAUGAUGUUUAUUAAAGAAGAGAUUGAGGACACGAGUUAUCCAGAAUCAUGCAGUUCAAAUGUCAUGAAAAAUGAAGAUAUUGAGGAACAAAGAGAUCUGAUGGAUGUGAAAAAGGAAAGUCAAGCACUGAAUGAGGUAAAGGAAGAGAAACACUAUCCGGAUCUUUAUAGUUUCAAAACUGAAAAAAAAUAUUUUAAUGACUCAAAGACUGAAAAGAAAUUCUCACAAAAAAGAACUCGACAAGCAAAAGCCAAAGAUUCUUUCAACUGCCAUCAGUGUGGGAAUACCUUUACACAGAAAGGAAGUCUUAUUAAGCACAUGAGAAUUCACACUGGUGAGAAGCCUUUCAAAUGCCAUCAGUGUGGGAAGAGUUUUAGAUAUAAAGAAAGUCUUACUGAGCACAUCAGAAUACACACUGGAGAGAAGCCUUUCACUUGCCAUCAGUGUGGGAAGAGUUUUAGACAUAAAGUAAGUCUUACUAAUCACAUGAGAAUUCACACUGGUGAGAAGCCUUUCAAAUGCCAUCAGUGUGGGAAGAGUUUCAGACAAGCAUGUAGUCUCAAAAUUCAUUUGUCAUUUCACUCUGGAGAAAAGUCAUAUUGCUGUGAUCAGUGCGGCAAAUCAUUUUCUUCAAGAUCGAUCUUAAGAACACACUGGAAAAUUCAUGCAAAUGAGAAGCCUUACUUGUGUUCAGUUUGUGGUAAGAGUUUUUUACAUGUGCAAAGUUUAAAAGAACACCAGAGAAAACACACAGGUGUGAAAGAUCAUGUGUGCUCUGAGUGUGGGAAGGCCUUUCAUAGAGCUUCUUACUUGGAGCUGCACAAAAGAGUCCAUACAGGAGAAAAACCAUACAAGUGUUCACAUUGUGAAAAGAGUUUCACUAUUUCAGGAAGCUUGAAAAAACAUAUGAGAUUACAUACUGGAGAGGGGCUGUACCACUGCACUUCAUGUGGGAAGAGUUUAAUUACUGCAGGAAACCUUAAAGAACAUGAGAGAGUGCAUACUGGAGAGAAGCCGUACCACUGCACUUCAUGUGAAAAGAGUUUCAUAAGGUCAGGAGACCUGAAAAAACACAAAAGAGUUCAUACUGGAGAGAAGCCAUACCACUGCACGUCAUGUGAAAAGCGUUUCAGUAGGUCAGUAGACCUUAAAAAACAUGAGAGAUUACAUACUGGAGAGAAGCCGUACCACUGCACUUCAUGUGAAAAGAGAUUCUUUAGAUCAGUAGACCUGAAAAAACAUAUGAGAUUACAUACUGGAGAGAAGCCGUAUAACUGCAAUUCAUGUGGUAAGAGAUUUAUUAAGGCAGGAAACCUGAAAGCGCAUGAGAGAGUGCAUACUGGAGAGAAGCCGUACCAAUGCACUUCAUGUGGAAAGAAUUUUAUUAAGGCAGGAAACCUGAAAGCACAUGAGAGAAUGCAUAUUGGAGAGAAGCCGUACCACUGCACUUCAAGUGGGAAGAGUUUCGGUAGGUCAGGAGACCUGAAAAAACACAACAGAUUGCAUACCCAACCUACGUGUUUUUUCGAUACCUUGGUGGGCUGCGUGGAGUUGAGUCAGAAUGUCGCUGGUCAUGGAUUCUGGAAUAAGCACUUGUGUGCCCUUAAAUACAACUCCAGCUUCUAUGUCAUCACAUCAACAUUUACUGUCACAAGGCUGAGGAGCUCACUUGUGGGUAGUCCAACCACGGCUGGUCCAGGAACAGGAAUAACUCCAGGUGUUUCAACUGAGAUUUGCGGGAUAAAACAUUGUAAAAUGAUGUUUAUUAAAGAAGAGAUUGAGGACAUGAGUGAUCCAGAAUCAUGCAGUUCGAAUGUCAUGAAAAAUGAAGAUACUGAAGAACAAAGAGAUCUGAUGGACGUGAAAACGGAAAGUCAAGCACUGAAUGAAGUAAAGGUGAAGAAACACCAUCCGGAUCUUUAUAGUUUCAAAACUGAAAAAAACUAUUUUAGUGACUCACAAACUGAAAACAAUUGCUCACAAAAAAGAACUCGACAAGCAAAAGCCAAAAAUUCUUUCAACUGCCAUCAGUGUGGAAAUACUUUUACACAGAAAGUAAGUCUUAUUAAGCACAUGAGAAUUCACACUGGUGAGAAGCCUUUCAAAUGCCAUCAGUGUGGGUCUAGUUUUAGAUAUAAAGAAAGUCUUACUGAGCACAUCAGAAUUCACACUGGAGAGAAGCCUUUCACUUGCCAUCAGUGUGGGAAUAGUUUUACACAGAAAGGAAGUCUUACUAAUCACAUGAGAAUUCACACUGGUGAGAAGCCUUUCAAAUGCCAUCAGUGUGGGUCUAGUUUUAGAUAUAAAGAAAGUCUUACUGAGCACAUCAGAAUACACACUGGAGAGAAGCCUUUCAAAUGCCAUCAAUGUGGGAAGAGUUUUAGACAUAAAGUAAGUCUUACUAAUCACAUGAGAAUUCACACUGGAGAGAAGCCUUUCGAAUGUGUUCAGUGUGGGAAGAGUUUCAGACAUGCAUGUAGUCUCAAAAUUCAUUUGUCAUUUCACUCUGGGGAAAAGUCAUAUUGCUGUGAUCAGUGCGGCAAAAAAUAUUCUUCAAGAUCGAUCUUAAGAACACACCGGAAAAUUCAUGCAAAUGAGAAGCCUUACUUGUGUUCAGUUUGUGGUAAGAGUUUUUUACAUGUGCAAAGUUUAAAAGAACACCAGAGAAAACACACAGGUGUGAAAGAUCAUGUGUGCUCUGAGUGUGGGAAGGCCUUUCAUAGAGCUUCUUACUUGGAGCUGCACAAAAGAGUCCAUACUGGAGAAAAACCAUACAAGUGUUCACAUUGUGAAAAGAGUUUCACUAUUUCAGGAAGCCUUAAAAAACAUAUGAGAUUACAUACUGGAGAGGGGCUGUACCACUGCACUUCAUGUGGAAAGAGUUUUAUUACAGCAGGAAACCUGAAAGCACAUGAGAGAGUGCAUACUGGAGAGAAGCCGUACCACUGCACUUCAUGUGAAAAGAGUUUCAGUAGGUCAGGAGACCUGAAAAAACAUGAGAGAUUGCAUACUUUAGAGAAGCUUUAACACUGCACUUUACGUGGGAAGAGUUUCAGCCAAUUAUGGCACUUUUCCACUGCGCGUUACGGUUUUGACUCGACUCCCUUUACUUUUCUGAGCUUGCUUUUCCACUGCUGUUUAGUGCCGCCUCAACAUGGGUGGGAUUAUAGGCUGAUCAUCACAGUUGCACCGCCUCUACUGCCGUGACAUCAUCUUAAACGUAGCACAGUACAAUAAACAAUAACACAACCGCUAACUGUUAGCUACUAGCUCAUUGUGCUGCAUAAAGCAGUUGUUGAAAAAACACAAGAGAUUGCAUACUUGACAGAAGCCGUAUAAAUAUACUUCAUGUGGGAAGCGUUUCAGCCAAUUAGGCACUCUUCUGACUCAUAGAAUCAACAUUGUCCAGUCUUAUCACUGAAAAUAAAAAUUACAAUUAGGUAGGUGAAUUGUUACAUUAUCUGUUGUGCUGAUUUUGCUGUUUUCUGUGUAAGAAGGUUGUUUGUACUUUCUCAACAAACUAGAAGGAAGAUAAUGCUGUGAAAUACAGCAAUAUUUGUAUGAAUUAUUUUCUUCUAUGAUUGGGAGUAGCAAUAAAUUAUAUUAGCAAUGACAGAUUAUUCUAGUAGUCUAUGAUUUCUCCACUCAAUAUGUUAGCUGUUGUGGUGAACAAUUGGAUAGAAUGACAUUUCAGAGCUAGUUCAUGGCAGAGCCCCUCCCAAAAGGGAAUUAUAAUUUUAUAACCUUUAAUAACUUGUGUGUUUAUUUUGUACUUAUUUUUAAUAAAAGCAUUAGUGCAUGGCCGAACAAGUCUGCAAAAAAGCAAAACAAAAUUACUAUUAAUAAUUUAAAAAGAAUGCUUGUCCCUUGUUCCCCUUCUGUCACUCACUCGACGUUGUGUCGAAUGAAGUGACACAAGGGGUCUUCCUUGGAUGCUAAACGUACCUCUGAACCUGAGAAAAGGCCAAUGUCACGCCCCGGACAUACGGGUAUAAAGGGAAGCGGGGCAGCAAGUGCCAGUAAGAAUUUUUCUUCAGAGCCGAACCGUUGUGCAACAGCAAGCUGAGUUCACCUCUGUUUCACUCACCUCUACUGGCGAUAAUCACUGCUGUUGGCGUUUCCAGCUGGCGUUCUCUCUCUGCACGCUGUGCAGUUUAUGCCCCUGGGCGCUUCAACAUCGCUUUCAUUGCCUAAAAGAGUGUUUCUCCUCCUAAAAAAAGUUUAUUUCCUCUAAAAGAGUUUGAGUCCCCACUCAUAAAAGAGCAAUACACAGCAGGCGUUGAAUGUCCUUUUUAAGAUGUCUUUCCGCCUCUGUGUAGUUCCUGGAUGCGGUUGAUUUCUCUCCACUUCUGACAGUAAUAAAAGCUGCUUCAUGUGCCUGGGCUGCGAUCACACGCAGGCAGCAUUUUAUGAAUGGUUCAUGUUCUCGGUGCGAGAACAUAGCCAUGGCAACAUUGCGAUAGCGGCUUUCUUCCCCCCGUUGUUCCUUUUUCCAACGGGAUUGAGGAUGACCCGGCUGGCGAUGAAGGCGAUUUGGGGAUGACGACGGGCUCUGUUUCGCCGGGUAAAUCCCCACAAACCACCCGACACCCGGCACGCUUGCUUGCUUCCGUCCGAGCUCUGGAUGAGUGCGGCUCGCCUCGCGGCCAGCCGGCAUUCUCCCUUGAGACCCCGGAAUUGGAUGACGAUAUUGCCGCUGCAUCGGAGAGCGUCACAGCGGUGUCUGAUGCUGAUGACAAGGGCUGCCACCUUUCGGGUCUGCUCGCCCAGUCUGAGGCUGACGCGCAGAUGUCCGCUAUGCUUUCCCGGGCCACCGUGAGCGCGAGGCUGGACUGGAAACCUCCUUCCCCCCUUCACGGCUACUCGAUCGGUUCCUCGGGUCAGGGCGGCGCUCAUAAUACACUGAGGUCCCCCAUGUGGACAGAGCGGUUGCGAUCCACUUGUGUCCCGAGAACACCGCCACCUGGCGGGACUGCCCGGUACUCCCCUCCAGAGCCUGUAGAAUAAUGUCAUAACUGAAUUCAAAAGUCUACAGCGCCACCGGACAGGCAGCCUCCGCCCUGCAUGCCAUGGCUCUCCUGCAAGUUCACCAAGCCAAGGCACUCUAAGAUCUGCACCUGGGUAGUUCCGACCCCGACGUGCUGCAGGAACUGCACUCUGCCACCGACCUCACUCUCAGAGCCACGAAGGUCACAGCAGGCACUCGGGCAGGCGAUUGCCACCCUCGUGGUCCAGGAGCGUCACCUCUGGCUGAACAUGGUCAAGAUGUGCGAAUUUGACAAGGCACGCUUUCUCAACGCCCCUGUCUCCCAGCUUGGCCUCUUCGGCGACACCGUCGACGACUUCGGCAGAACCAGCGCGCCCCCCCUGCUCACCGACGGCGUCCCCCAGCGGCUAUACAACAGGUAGCUCGGCCUCAACCCGGGCCCAGCUCUCAGCCCCAGCGUCAAGCACCUCGCAGGUGGAGUACGCCCCCCGUCUCCAGGACCCCUUCCAGUACCAGGAAAGCUCCGAAGCAC